AUGGAGGUUCUGGAGGAGAAGGAGGAAGUGGAGCAAGCGGCAGAAGACCUGAAUGCUUUGAGGAUGAGUGAAAACUUCCAGGAUGCGGAGGAAAAGGUGUCUGUGGAGCAAGUCUCUGUCCCAAGUGAUGUACCUGAUUUUGACUGGAGCUCAAUUGACACAUCCCUGUUACCAUCUUCAUACAAGACAAAUUCCCCGAAGGAAAAGAAGCUGCUGCACAUGGCUGACCAUUUCCUCCAGCAGUACACUCACCUCUGCCCUGACCACAAGCCACUCUUCCUCCAUCCAGUCAACGAGUGUGGUGUGGAGAAGUUUGUGAGCACAACGCUGAGGCCAACCCUGCUGCCUUAUCCUGAGCUGUAUGACUGGUCUGGCUGUGCCAGCUUUGUCUCUGGUUACCUCACCAUGGAGCCCCUCAAGUGCCCUAUCUCACCGCCUAGUUCACUCUAUUCCCCAACCACCAUCCUGAAAUACCAGCGAGGGAACUGCUUUGACUUCACCAUGCUUCUGUGCUCCAUGCUGAUCGGGGCUGGCUAUGAUGCCUACUGUGUGCAUGGGUAUGCCACCCGUGAGAUAUGCACCCUGGACCAGACUCAGGAGCUGUGCCCACUGCUCAGGAAGCCACAGGAGGUACCAAAAGAAGAGAUGAAGUCCAGCAAGUGUGAAGUCAGGUUCCAACUAGACCUGCAGAGCAAGUUUGAACUUCAGCAGAAGGUCAAGCAGAAGGAAGAAAUUGAAGCUGCUCAAAAGAAGGAAAGAGAAGAGGAGAUGGCCAUGGAGGUGGAAAAGCCCAAGCCUGACCCUUUGCAUGGCUUACGGGUGCACACAUGGGUUUUGGUUGUGUCUGGGAAGAGGAGUGUUCCUGAGACCUUCUUCAUCAACCCCCUCACGGGAAACAGCCACAGCACCAAAGAUGAGUGCUUCCUUGGAGUUGAGAGUGUCUGGAACCACAGGAACUACUGGGUGAACAUGCAGGACUGCCGGAAAGGUUGCCAGGAUCUCAGCUUUGAUUUGAGUGAUGCUACCCACUGGGAAAUGAUGUUUCCAGACAGCAACAGGUUUUUUGAGCUGCUCACAAAGUUACCCGAGAGAGACAUGGAUGACAUGCCUGAAAAGGAGGCGAGAGACCUGAGUUUUGACAUGCCACAGUCAUGGGUAGCCCAAAUUGAACUAUCUUCCAAAGAGUACGAGAACUUCUAUUGCCAAGGGAAGAAGGUGAUCCUGUACAAGAAAGCAAAACUGGAGAAAUGGGCACCACGUGUGAAUGAAAAUGGGCUGGUGGAACGACUCACCAUCUACAGAGACUUGGACUGUACUGAAGUCGUGGAGGUGAGGGAGUGGUUCAAAAACCGAGCAGACAUGUUGGAUAUGAGAGAAGUGAAUAAACAAACACAGCUGACCACAGACUAUUUCAGCCAAGGACACUCUCUCCAUCUCAAAGCUCACACCUACACAUCGCUGGAACCAGAGACUGGACACACAAUGGAGUUUUACCAUGAGGCACGAGCUGAUGACCUCUGGAAACUUGUUGAAAGUGCUACUGGGAUGACAGAAUACUUCGUGGGGAGGGAUGACUUCCUGCACACCCGGCACAUGGAGCUUGGAAAAAGAGAAAAGAAAAUGGAUGUGGCUGGCACCAGAACAGACCCUGGCUUCAGGCCUGUAGUGCAAAUCAAGGAAUAUUUUCACAGAAAUCCAGAAAAGCCUGCUGAUGAAGAUGUAGAGGAACGUAUCUUUAUGAUCACAGAUGAGAGUAUCCAGCUGACACAUUACCUCGAGGACCAUGACAUCAUUGCCUCAAAGGUGGUUUUCUUCAAAGCAACACAGAGGGAUAGGAAAGGAGAGGAAAUCUUCCUGACCGAAGAUAUGUGUGUCAAAUACCAGCCAUGGUCCUCUGAGAAACACAAAAACGUGCUACAUCUGUACAAGAUGCUGGGGGAGCUGAGAAAGGAACAGAACUGUCUGAAGCAACACGUCUGGGAAUCUGAAGUAGAGGUGUUAAACAUUUUGAACGUCCGUGAGAAUGAAGAAACCAAUGUUAAAUUGUCAGUUUCAAUGCAUAACAAUGGAAACAGAGGAAAACAGGAAAAGCAGUUAGCACAACAGAAACACCUUUCUCUCAAAGUGACACUGCUCAGGAGUCCUCGCCUGGAUGGGCACCUUGGGCAUGACUGA